AUGGGUCCCACUAGCCCUCGACAAAAAUCACAUGACCCACACAACCGGCUGCCCGAAUUCACGGUAAGCCAAAAGUUCGACACGACCGUUCAGUCCAACCCGCAGCGCACCUCCGUCUAUCACCGUUCGUCGUCGACCUCAGACAACACAACCGCCAAAAUGGAGAACGAGAAGGGAGAAAUCGUCGAUCUCUACGUCCCCCGCAAGUGCAGCGCCACCAACCGCAUCAUCAAGGCCAACGACCACGCCUCCGUCCAGAUCUCCAUCGGCAAGGUUGACGAGAACGGCCGCUACACCGGCGAGAACCAGACCUAUGCUCUGUGCGGCUUCAUCCGUGCCCGCGGCGAGAGUGACGACUCCUUCAACCGCCUUACCCAGCGCGAUGGAUACAUCCGGAACGUGUGGACUGCCAGCCGUCAGCGGUAA